UCGAUCUUUUGAUUAUAUUUCAGCAAUUUGUAAUUAGAACUAUUGUAUUCAUUGGUGCAUUCUACAUAGAUUUGAUUGUAUUCUUCAGGUGAGAACAUCGAAAUACAUACAUAGCCGUGGUGUAUUUCAUGAAGAUACUAAGCUUGAUAAUUUGAUGUUCCGUACACAUCAGUGCUUCAUCAUUGAUUUCGGUGAAGCUUCAUAUAUGGCCAAAGCCAGUCCCGCGGUAAAAAUGAAAGCGGCAAGAGAAGAUUGGACCAAAUUCCUCACUACAAUGUUCUCUAUGGUUUAUUCUAAGCUUAAUUGGCUUGGAUUCUCCGCACAGGAUAGAAUACGACUUUCAUCUGAUUUGAUCAAUAGACUUUUAGAAGAUGUCAAAAACGUUGAACAAUUCAGUGGAUUGAGAAGAGUUUUUAUUGAAUUUGCCAAACAUGCAUACGACGUAGAUCCACAGAAGGGAAAAUCAACGAUUCCAUUUUAUGAUCAAGUAUAUCGAAUAAUCGAAAAAGAAAUGGCGAACUACGCACCAGCUUUAUUUUCUUGGAUAUCGAAUAACAAAGAAAUAAGUUUAGCCAAACAGCAAUUGAAGAAAGCAAUUUCCAUUUACAAAAUAAAAGAUCCGUUUGCAAUAGUCAAAAAGUGAAUCUUUGAUAAAGCAGAAUUAUUGGCGCAACAGGCGAUAGAACCAGCAAAUUUGCAAUGACUCUUUUCAAACCAAAAACAAUAAAUUUCGUUGCCCAAGAA